AGCGUUAAGUCGGAUAGACGCUUGUAAAAAUGGCGACGGUGAGGCAGAGUGGAGUGAAAACUAGACUCUUAGCCGUGAACAGACACCUCUGGUCAAAACACCGAAAUAAUUGAUACGACACUGGGAGCGAAAGUUAUUCGACCCGUUUGAUGCUUGCAUCUCACAGUUGGACGCUAAGUGGAGACGCAGCGGUUCUCUUUGCUUUUGUUUUCGGGAACUCUGGGUUCCCUUGGACCGCUCAUUAGCUUUAAGUUAGCCGCGUAGCUUCACUGGCUGCUUGAAUCUAUCUUUAUGGCAUCUGCGUACCGAUAACCUGCGCAGUGCCAAAGACUGGGAUCUUCCAAAGUUUUUAAUCUGACGAAAACGGCCGCUAAUGUGUCAUCUGGAUUAAAAACUAUUUAAGGAGGAUCUCCGCACUGUUGGAGUGUUGAGGAGAGAGUUUCAGCCGUCAUGUAUUUUCUAACCGGCUGGCCCCGGAGGCUGCUUUGUCCGCUGAGGAGUGCCGAGGAGCCCUUUCACAUCCAGCCCAGCUCCCAGAGGUUUUACUUCGCCUUGCUGUCAGAGACGCAGCUCAGCAUCUGGUUCUCCCGGCCCAGUGUUUUGAUAGUCAGCUACAUAGAGUCUGCAAAGGCAGCGGCCCAGUUUGGCUUUUACCAGAAAGCAGAAUGGAAGCCAGACGACUCCAUGGUCGCUGUGGCGACCGCCAAUGGCUACAUCCUCCUGUUUGAUGUGUUGGGUGGAGGAGAGGAAAAGUAUCUUUACGAACCUGUCUAUCCAAAAGGAAGCCCUCGUGUGAAAGUGACUCCAGGUUACAAAGAGGAGCAAUGCGCCCCCGCUCUUUCUUUGGAGAUGAAGAAGCCUGUGGACCUGGAGGCUCCUAUCACCAGUCUUCAGACUCUGCAGGAGGAUUUGCUGGUUUGCACGGCAGACGGAUACCUCCACGUCCUGCACUGGGAUGGCCUCGGCAGCAAUGGACGCAAGGCCAUCUGCCUCACUACAAUCCCCUUUUCAUUAGACCUGCAGUCCGCUCGAGGUGGUCCAUCUCUGGACCUGGAGGGGGUCUACAUUCGUAGCAUGGAGUACUGUUUGACCCUAGAUGGCUUCGCUGUGGUCCUCAGCGAUGGCCGCCUGGGCUUUAUCACGCCGCUGAGCAGCUCAAUCACAGCAGAUCAGCUGCAGGGAGUCUGGGCAGCAGACGUGAUGGACGGCACCUGUGUGGCUGUCAACAACAAGUACAGGCUGAUGACUUUUGGCUGCGCCAGUGGUUCAGUGUUGGUCUACAUGAUCGACACGACGACAGGAUCGAUGCAGCUGUCCCACAAACUGGAGCUCACACCAAAACACUACCCAGACAUCUAUAACAAGACCGGCGCCGUCAAGCUAAUUUGCUGGUCACCUGACUACAGUGUUGUCAUGGUAACCUGGGAGUGUGGCGGUCUGUCGUUGUGGAGUGUCUUCGGAGCACAUCUCAUCUGCACGUUGGGAGAGGACUUUGCGCAUCAUUCUGAUGGCACAAAGAAGGACCCACUUAAAAUAAGCUCUAUGAGCUGGGGAGCAGAAGGCUACCACCUGUGGGUGAUCCCAAGCAGACAGGAGAGGAGAAAGCAGGAGGAGAACGAGGAGCAGGACGUGGAGAUGAUUUCUCCUCCUCACCCUUCUCUGCAGACUGGGAUACUGCAGUUCCACUUUAUUAAGAGCGCGCUCACAGUCAACCCCUGCACGAGUAACCAGGAGCAGGUGUUGCUCCACGGAGAAGACCGCCUCUACCUGACCUGUGGGGACCCCAGACAAAUCCACAGCACCUCUGACGUACACACAAACCUGCACCCGCAGGACGGCAGCCCGAUGCAUCACCCGCCCAACCCAGACUCCUCUCUUUCUCAGGGACUUAGCACUUUACUGGGACACAAGCACUGGCACGUGGUCCAGAUUCACAGCACAUACCUUGAGAGCAACUGGCCAAUACGGUUUGCAGCCAUAGACACAGCAGGACAAUGCAUGGCUGUCGCAGGAAGGCGGGGCUUUGCACACUACUCCUUAUUCACGAGGAAAUGGAAGCUGUUUGGGAACAUCACUCAGGAGCAGAACAUGACUGUGACAGGAGGUCUUGCCUGGUGGAAAGACCUUGUGGUGGUGGCAUGCUACAAUUUCACAGACCAGCAAGAGCAGUUGAGGCUCUAUCAGCGAUCAUCUAACCUGGACAACGCCUUCGCCUCGGUUACCAAGCUCCACUCUGACACGCUGCUGCUCAACGUCUUCAAAGACAUGGUCAUCCUGUUCAGAGCCGACUGCUCAAUCUGCCUCUAUAGCAUAGAGAGGAGGAACGACGGUCCAACCCCGUCGGUUAGCGUGGAGCUGCUGCAGGAGGUGUCCAUGUCUCGCUACAUCCCUCAUCCGGCUCUCGUGGUCUCGGUCACGCUCACAUCGGUGCGCACAGAGACUGGCAUCUCUUUGAAAGCACCACAGCAGGCCUGCAUGGCAGAGAGCAUCAUGUUGAAUCUGGCUGGCCAGUUAAUCAUGCUGCAGAGGGACCGAUCGGGACCACAGGUACGAGACAAAGAGACGCCUGCCGUCAACAAGAAGCUGCUACCGUUCUGCCCCCCGGUGGUGCUGGCUCAGUGCGUGGAGAACGUGUGGACCACCUGCCGCUCCAACAAGAAGAAGCGCCACCUGCUGGAGGCCCUGUGGCUGUCCUGCGGGGAGGCGGGAAUGAAAGUCUGGCUGCCGCUGUUCCCCAGGGACCACCGGAAGCCGCACUCGUUCCUCUCCAGGCGCAUUAUGCUGCCCUUCCACAUCAACAUCUAUCCACUGGCGGUGCUGUUUGAGGACGCCCUGGUGCUGGGGGCGACCAAUGAGACCGUACUGUACGACGGACUGCAGGGCUCCUCUGAGCCUUUGGUGGCACUGUUUCCUUACUGCACAGUAGAGAGAACCUCCCAGAUCUACCUCCACCACAUCCUGAGGCAGCUGCUGGUUCGCAACCUGGGCGAACAGGCUUUGAUGCUGGCUCAGUCAUGUGCCACCCUCCCCUACUUCCCUCACGUCCUGGAGCUGAUGGUCCACGUGGUGCUGGAAGAAGAGGCGACCUCACGGGAGCCCAUUCCCGACCCUCUGCUUCCCACCGUGGCCAAGUUCAUUACGGAGUUCCCCCUCUUCCUUCAGACCAUCGUCCACUGUGCCCGGAAGACCGAAUACGCUCUGUGGAACUACCUGUUUGCAGCCGUGGGGAACCCCAAAGACCUGUUCGAGGAGUGCCUCAUGGCUCAGGAUCUGGACACAGCAGCUUCCUACCUGAUCAUCUUGCAGAACAUGGAGGUUCCAGCCGUGAGCCGGCAGCACGCCACUCUUCUCUUCAACACGGCUCUGGAGCAAGGCAAGUGGGACCUGUGUCGGCACAUGAUCCGGUUCCUCAAAGCCAUUGGCUCAGGAGAGAUGGAGUCUCCGCCCCCAACGCCAUCAACUCAGGAACCCAGCUCAACCGGCGGCUUUGAGUUCUUCAGAAAUCGCAGCAUCAGCUUGUCUCAGUCUGCAGAUUCCAUCUCCACGGGAAAGUUCAACCUGCAGAAGACCUUCAGCAUGCCCAGCGGAUCGUCUGCCAAAGGUCGGGACGUGGAGUGUGCAGAGAACAUGUACAUCGACAUGAUGCUGUGGCGCCACGCCCGCCACCUCCUGGAGCAGGUGCGUCUCCGUGACCUCGGAUGCUUCUCCGCCCAGCUGGGCUUCGAGCUCAUCGGCUGGUUGUGCCGCGAGAGAAACCGCGUGGCGCGGGUCGACGACUUCGUUUCGGCUCUGAAGAAGCUCCACAAAGAUUUCCUCUGGCCCUUCCCCGUCAUCCCCGUGGGAAGCCUCAGCUCCCCUCUGAAGAACGGACGCUGUCGCAGUGUGCUGAGCACGCAGCUGCUGGAGUCUCAGUCUGCAGACAGUCUGCUGAACAGCGACAUGGACACGGCCCCGCCCUCCGCCGCGACCGCCAACCACACCUGGAUGGACGGGCUCGAGCAGAGCGCCAAAGACGCGGACACAGCCUCGUCUGCUCAUUCCAACCAAAACUCACCGCAGAUGCACGACGCCUUCCUGUCGCUGCUAACUAACAAAGUGGAGGAGUACAGCGUCGGCUCGGCUACAGACCUCACAGAGACCAGCUCAGUGGUGGACGGCGACUGGACCAUGGUCGAUGAGAACUCAUCCACUCUGAGCUUGAGUCAGGCCGAGCUGGAGCACAUCUCCAUGGAGUUGGCCAACAAAGGCCCGCACAAGUCCCAGGUGCAGCUCAGGUACCUCCUCCACGUGUUCAUGGAGGCGGGCUGUUUGGAGUGGUGUGUUGUGAUUGGUCUGAUCUUGAGGGACGCGAGCGUCAUCAAGCAGGUGAUCAGCUUCCUGGACAGUCCAGAGGUCCCUCCGGAGACGUCACAGAGUCUCCGGAACGGCUUGUUGGCCGUUGAUGCCUGGGCGUCCAGGGACUGCCUGGGGUACAAACCGUUUCUCAACCUGAUCCAGCCGCAGCUGCAGCAGCUGCUGGACUCGACGGCGGAGCAGGUGCAGCCCGAGGCCUUCCAGCCCGCCAGCCACAGCUGCAAGCUGGCCGCCUCCGAAGGCCCGGGCGGAGCCGCCGCCCCCCGGCCCGAGGACAGCAGAGGGGGGGCGGCUCCGCUCGGCCUGGCGCUGCCCGCGCUCGAACCCGCCAGAGUCUUUUCCCGCCCUCCGCCCGAAAACUCUCCGCCUGAACAAACGGAGGAGCAGAGAGAGGAGGAGGGCAACUACGACUGCACCUUGUCCUGAACGCCAGCGCCGGAUCCUGGGACUCCAACCUGUGAAUUUCAGACUGAGGAAGCAGCAGCUGCUGACUGGAAUUAGAGUUUUCAUCAGCAUGUCUGCGCACAGAAAGUUCCUCUCCCUCCAGGUUCUUACUUCAGUCAGUAUUAUUCUAUCUUUAAAUCCGCCCUUUUAUUCAAGGCGUAUUGAGCUACCAGCUAGGCUCUGACAUUCUAUAGCAUUUCACCAAAAUGUGCUGUGUGUGUGGAAAAAGGUCAGCUAUGUCAGUUUUUACUCCUGGAGGUGUUUGGAAGCUGCAGAGCAGCACAGAAAAGCACCAGGCUUUUUUUUCUUUCUUUCAUUCCAGUAAAUUCAAAGAGUUUGAACAUCAUGCUACAUUACUUAGCAGACUGCAGAACAAAGCUUUGCUCAGAAACCAUGAGUUGUGUCUGAGUCUGCAGCACGAGGAGGUUCAUCCUUCCAUACCUCAUCGCUUUAGGAUAUUUUCAUACCUUUUUAAAUAACUGGACCAGCGAGAUUAUUUUUCUACCAACUUCUAUCACUCUGGAGUUCUCCCCCCUUGUGAAAAUCACCCGAGUUCAUCGUGGCUCUGGUGUGUAGUAUUGUCUCAGUAGGGUAUCGGUGUUAAAGGUACCAGAAUCCUGAGCUCCCUGAACUGUCGGCUGUUUUCUCAAACUUCCAUACAAGCAAACGGGGCAUAAAGCAGAACCCAAAUUAGCUUUUAAUAAUAAUAAUGAUAAUAAUUCAUCCAGUCACUGAUGUGCUCAUAAAGCUGCUUUGUUGUGUCUGUUUCUGUCAGUUUGUGGUAAAUCCCUCCUCCCCUGCAGUGUUAACAGUGAGGCAGCAGUGUAAACUAAAGGGAACUGAUCUGACUCGUCCUCUCCAGCGGUGCAGUGAGUUUGCUGCUCUCCCCCGUCCGUCUUCAUUACGUAUUAGCAUGACGGGCGGCUGUGAUCACUCGGAACUGAUUUUAUCGUAUUAGUCCUCAUAAUUGCUGUUUAUUUAUUGGCAUUAAUAUAGUAGAGUGGAGGUUUGUUUUUAUGACUGAGAAUGAGCUUAAAUAAUGAGUCUGGUGCGUUGGCUGUCAACCACAGGCACUAAAAAGGGUUUCGGCAGUGUUAUAAUGUGCAAUGCAUUUGAAAUGUUACUUAAGCUUUAUGUUUUUAAUGUUCUCCACCUCCUGUGAUUUUCUCUUGAUCGUAGACCAAAACAGUCUGUAGGUUCGCUUGCGUUGAAACCGUCGGCUCUCAAGGCGGCGGUUUGCUUCGGAACUCUCCCGUCGUCAGAAAUCCCGUCUCAGAACAGAAAAAAAAAAAAAAAA